AUGGGUAUAAGUGAAUCUCACCAGUUACACCCGGGACUAAAAUCCUUGGUCAUUUCAGGAGAUCAAGCCAGCCACCUCCGAGAGAGAUUUGAGCUCAUCAGCGAUUCUUUUGGUCUCGACCGCGAAGAAGUAGCAACGCUCUAUAAGGCAAAGCCAGACCAGCUCGAUACAGUUUUUCAAAUCUUCGAUCAGCACGGCAGGGACAAAAUCGACGCCUAUGAGUUUAUUGCAGGGAUGAUUAUUAUUUGUGACGCUUCAUUAGAGGUAAAAGCCGACUUACUGUUUGAGCUCUACGAUUUUGACCAUUCUCAAGCAAUCACCUUUGAUGAAUUAAUCAUAUUGUUAGCUCCCUCUUGUGAGCGAAAAAAAAAUUUGGAAAAAUCCUAUUUUUACUAAAAAAAACCCAUCCUAUAUGAGUAGAAAAAAAGAUUUUUUGUAGUGAAAAUUAAUCAAAAUUAAAUCUCGAGCUUAUUUGCAUUUAAAACAUAAAUUUAAAUAAAUUAAGUUAACUUUUACUGUCCAAUUUUGUGGAUUUGGGAAUUUCUUGAAUAUCAAAAAAAAGCUAUAUAGCUCAUACCCCGUUAUUGAUUUUCCUAUCGGGAGGGGUUCGAUGGACGGUAGAAGCACCUUGAAAGACUCCAUUGGGGUGAUGAGAGAAAUCUCUUGCACGCAGAGAGGAAAGAGAUCCACAAUUAAUUAAAAAAUUUAAAUCCUAAACUAAAAUCAGCGGAAUCCUUAAAGAAUCAAGGUUAAUUUACCGAAAAGAAUUUUAAUUUUCUGUGUUCAUGCUCAAAGCCCCUUUUCUUUCGUGGGAAUAGUGGUCUUGCAAUCUGAAAUAAGGUGACCGCAAUGAGGGCAAGUCCUUAUAGAGUCAUGGCAGCAGAAUUGGUGCAUGGGCUGAGAGCAGCAAACUGUGUACUUGAGUCCUGGACGACUUGUAAAGCAAAUGAUGCAUGGGAGAAGUCUUGAGUCCUCAGUGAGACUGAGUGAAUCUGGGCCCAAGGAGAGUCUGGCAAAGAUCUCUUCGACGUUCGUAGCCAAAUACCUUCUGACAGUGCCACUCUUCCUGACUCUAGGCAAACGAGCUGUCAUUGCGGCAGCGAGAUGGGAAUUCAGCAUCCGAACUGGCUGACUCGUUCUGGGACUGCCUGAUUCCCUUGUUGCAUUUUGAUCCAGGCCCAGACUAAAAAGAGCUGACUCUGGCUCAUAGUAGUAAGCCAACGCCUUCAGAUAGUCCUUUCCCAGACGUCUAUGUUAAUCUUACAUAGAAAACAUUAUUGUAGGGUUAUGGCUGAAAGCGAUUUCAAGGUACUUCUUUCUGGUUCCCUUGCACUUUCUUGGUGGAAGUUGGAUUCUGGACCUCAUCGGAAGGGGUUGAAUUGAGAUGUAGGCUGAUGCCAAAAAGGGGAUAGAGCAGAGGGUAAUAUCCGGGAGGAAAUAGCCAAUAUGUGAUAAAAGAGCAUAAAGGCUGCCUUUAUCGUGAUUUCCAGCAGCUUGAGAGAGUGAAAUCUGAAUAAUUCUUACUUCUUGCGUCGCAGUUUGUUGUGUUCGUUCCAUUUUUUAUUGAAUAAUUUGCCGAGCCAAAUAAAUCUGACAAACUAAAUAAAAAGUGAAAAUGGAAGAGGAUGUGCUUGCAACACACACAAAAUAUAACAGUGCAUCAAACAGAUUUAAUGACCCCUUUUAAACUUUGAAAAGUAUCUUUUCGUUAAGACUUGCAUUAUCAAUACAGCUGAAUAUGAGAAUUCUCCUGCUCAAAGCUUUUAUGAAAUUUGGGAGCCAAGCUCCAUACAAAAUGAAAAUGCUAACAAUACUGAUUUUUUGCAUCAAAUAAAGAAAAAGAUUCAGUUCCUUAUUGAAUUUGAUUAUGGAGACCAUACAAACAGAAUCCAAGAAAGCACCAAUGCAAAUAAUCUCAACAUCAAUAUCGAUGAGGAAUCAAUUAAAAAAAUUUAAAAAGCACAAAAGAAAUUAUAAAAUCAAGCUUGAAGAUAAAAUGAGAAUUAUUAAUUCUAUAAUUCUCAUCAACUUGCCACGUAUGCAGAAAUUGGAAAAAAGUUUGGAGUGUCUCCAUGCACAGUGAAAAGAAUCCUUACAAAACAUAGGGAAAGGUAAUUCUAUUGAAGAUGGAAGGAGCGAUAAGCCAUUAAAGCUCAGUAGUGCAGCUUCACUUGCAUUGACUGAAGCGUGCUUAAAUGGUGAUCCAACAAUUUCAAUUCCUGAAAGAGUUGAAAAAUUAAAUAAGCAAUUAGUAGAUGAAAGGGUUACUUGCAAGCAAGCGUACAAAUGCAUGAAAAAGCUUGGCUAUACAUUCAAAAAAUGCUGAGAGCACCCAAUCAAUCGGGUUUCUAAUAUAAACCUGAUCAAGCGCCAAAAUGUAGCAUUUCGUUAUUUAGAAAUUUUGGAGAGAAAUAAUGAAAUCAUAAAUAUCGACGAAUUUCAUAUUGAUAACAGCAGCAGAAGUCACGGAUGGAGUAAAAAGGGUCAAAAAUGCAUUUCAUUUAAAAAGCCAAAUUAUAGAAACUAUACAGUUAUUUUAGCAGUAUCAAGUAGUAAUGGAAUAAUUGCCUGAAGAGCAAUUGAAGGAGGAAAUAAUAGACACACACAUUUAAUUGCUUUAUUGCAGAUUUAGUUCAUCUUUUAGAAAAUAGAAAUCAAAAUUUCAGAGAAAAUACUGUUAUAUUCUUAGAUAAUGCUGGAGUUCAUAAAACCUACGAAAACAUCAAUUUAUACAAAAAGCUGUUAAUUAAUAUUGUGUUUAAUUCGCCAUAUACACCUCAAUUUGCAUUUGUUGAGAGAAUUAUAUCGAUGAUAAAAAACAAAUUUCACAUGCUUGAGCAUAGCUCUAUACUCAGAAAGCUGAACUUAGCUAUUGAUUAUGUAGAAGAAAAUUUAAACGUUGGAAGUAUAAUUAGAAAUAUCUUGAAGAAAUACAUUAUGAACGCAAUUAAUUUGGUAGAUUUAGGAGAUUAGUGUAAUAGAUUUUAUCAAUUUUAAUUAUUUGUUUAUGUAUGUGAUAAUUGAUAUUUAAUGAUACCUAGUAAAUAAUUCAAAAGUGUGGCUCCCCCAUUAACCAUCAAAGGUCUCCAAGAGUUGUUACUUCAGUUGAGACAUCUCUUAAAAUCUCCAAUAAUUUUUGGACUUAUGCAUGAUACAAUAUGGCGUCCUCUAUGAAGAAACUAACUUGAAACAGUUAAUAGAAAAAAAUUUAAAAGUUCGACUCCCCCCGUUAGCCUAUCAAAGGUCUCCAAGAGUUAAUGCUUCAGUUGAGACAUCUCUUAAAAUCUCCAAUAAUUUUUGGACUUAUGCUUGAUACAAGAUGUCGUCAAGAUGGCGCCCUUUAUGCAGGAGCUGACAUGAAAUCCUAUAUAUAGAAAAAUUUAAAAGUGCGACUCCCCCAGUUAAGCUAUUAAAGGUCUUCAAGAGUUAAGGCUUCAGUUAAAUCAUCUCCAAAAACUCCAAUAAUUUUUGGACUUUAUGCUUGAUACAAGAUGCCAUCAAUAUGGCGUCCUCUAUGCAAAAACUCACUUGAAAUAAUUUAUUGACAAACACAUUUAAAAGUGCGGCUCCCCCCGUUAACCCAUCAAAGGUCUUCAAGAGUUAAGGCUUCAGUUAAUACAUCUCCAAAAAUCUCCAAUAAUUUUUGGACUUAUGCUUGCUGCAAGAUGGCGUCCUCUAAGCAGAAACCGGCAUGAAAUCCUAUAUAUACAAAAAUUCAAAAGUGCGACUCCCCCCAUUAACCCAUCAAAGGUCUUCAAGAGUUAAGGCUUCAGUUGAAUCAUCUCCAAAAAUCUCCAAUAAUUUUUGGACUUAUGCUUACUACAAGAUGUCGUUAAGAUGGUGUCCUAUAUGCAAAAACGCACUUGAAAUAGUUAAUAGAAAAAUUCAAAAGUGCGACUCCCCCCGCUAACCCAUCAAAGGUCUCCAAGAGUUAAGGCUUCAGUUAAGAUAUCUCCAAAAAUCCCCAAUAAUUUUUGGACUUAUGCUUGUUACAAGAUGUUGUCAAGUGUCGCCAAGAUGGCGUCCUCUAUGAAAAAUCUCACUUGAAUAAGUUAAUAGAAAAAAAUUUAAAAGUGCGACUCCCCCUGUUAACCUAUCAAAGGUCUCCAAUAGUUAAGACUUCAGUUGAAUCAUCUCCAAAAAUCUCCAAUAAUUUUUGGACUUAUGCUUGAUACAAGAUAUCGUCAAGAUGGCACCCUUUAUGCAGGAGCUGACAUAAAAUCCUAUAUAUAGAAAAAUUUAAAAGUGCGACUCCCCCAGUUAAGCUAUCAAAGGUCUCUAAUAGUUAAGACUUCAGUUGAAUCAUCUCCAAAAAUCUCCAAUAAUUUUUGGACUUAUGCUUGCUACAAGGUGUCGUCAAGAUGGCGUCCUCUAAGCAGAAACCGGCAUGAAAUCCUAUAUAUACAAAAUUCAAAAGUGCGACUCCCCCCGUUAACCCAUCAAAGAUCUUCAAGAGUUAAGGCUUCAGUUGAAUCAUCUCCAAAAAUCUCCAAUAAUUUUUGGACUUACACUUGCUACAAGGUGUCGUCAAGAUGGCGUCCUCUAACCAGAAACUCACUUGAAAUAGUUAAUAGAUAAAAAUUUAAAAGUGCGACUCCCCCCCAGUUAACCCAUCAAAGAUCUUCAAGAGUUAAGGCUUCAGUUGAAUCAUCUCCAAAAUCUCCAAUAAUUUUUGGACUUAUGCUUGAUAAAAGAGAAACCGAGAAUGGCAUCAAAUGAAAAACUCAAGUUUCAUAAAAAAUUAAAAUUAAGUGAAUAAGAAGUUAUUUAUUAUCCGUUAAGAAAGUAAAAUAACUUCAGUUAAGAAGAAUUGGCUUCUUGAUCCUGCACAAUCCUUCAACUCAAUGGUAUCUUUCAACCUCAAAGUUUUAGCUUGGCAAGGCUUCAUUCUCCACGAAUUAAAAAUUUGAGCAGGCUCACAUCCAUUCUUCACGCAAUAGCAAAUAUGAGGCGGUCCUUUAUCUUGAUCCAGCUUCAAGAUGAGAUGAUUUUCUUUAGAUUGAGUUCAGAGUUUAGGUUUUUCUGCUUAAGAUUUCUGCACUGCACACCCAUCCUGCUCAUAACAAGAUCCAACUGAUUCUUUCCAAGGUUAUUUUUUCUGAAAAUAUCAACCGGAAUGGUCCUAUUCAUUCCGAUUGCAGCUGCAAUAACUGCACACUCAAAACACAUAUCACUUUCAAUUCCUUGAAGAGGUCUUUCAUUUAAGGACAUUCCAAAGCGAUAACAAUCCACAAUUCAACCUUCAUAAUAAAUUGGACCUUCUGGUUGAGUUUCUGGUGGUGCUUCAAUCCUUUGAGUCAAAAUAAUUCUGUUUCAGUAAUGGAUUGCUUUUUGCACCAAUCAGAAACAAAAGUCCCUCGCAAAUAGUCCAUCAUUGAAUUUGUAGGACUUUCUUUUUGGCUUCGAGCAAAUCACUUCUCAUUCAUCCUUUAUCAAAUUUAUUGAAAAUUGCCCUCUUCAAUAGCUUAUGAUUGUUGCCCCAGCCGGUAAUAUUUGACCUUUUCCCCUCAUGGUCGAACUUUAGCAAGCACACUUCAAUAUAGUUUUCUCCUUUUUUUCUGCGUGAAUCCCAGUAAAUAUUUAACUUUUUUCUGGCGGUGAUCCAUUCAUAAAUUUUCAAAAAUAGACGUCCUGUAUUCAUUUUCCUCGUCAAAGAGGGUAAAAGUGUCUGACGACCAUUUCUGCACCCAUUUGAAGCCUUCGACCAAAGUUCUAAUAUGAUUUGAUGGAAAUACAUGAUUGUCGAAUUCAAACUUGAAAUAGCGAUCACUUUGAACAAAAUAAUUGAUGGCCUUUUUCUGAGGUUCGGAAAUCACUUCAUUCAUUUCAUUUUUUUUUCCGUUUUUUGGUAGGCUUAGGUUGUUUGACAUCUUCUUCCUCAUCUUCAGUUCAAUAUGAGGCCUUGAUACGUCCCCAUGUUAAAAGAACUAGUUCAUAUUCAUCGUGGUCGAGGCUUUCAUCAUUGAUUUUCCGAAUAAAGUAGCCAUGGUCUAAUUCAAUAUUUUCCUGGGCAGACUCAAGAUAGUUAUCCAUUGGUGUUCAUGAUCCUUGAGGGUUAGGAACUAUGGGCUUGCUUUUCUCUGAGGUAGAGUUUUUAGUUCGAACCAUUUAAAAUUAUAAUCCAUUUAAUUUUAUCAAUAAAAUUCAAUAAAAAGCCCCCAAAUUAAUUUGAUAUAAAAAUAUUAUUAAAUCAAUUAUAAAUUUAUGUAAAUAGCAUUUUCUAAGUACAUCCUCUUCCAUUUUCACUUUUUUAUUUAGUUUGUCAGAUUUAUUUGGCUCGGCAAAUUAUUCAAUAAAAAAUGGAACGAACACAACAAACUGCGACGCAAGAAGUAAGAAUUAUUCAGAUUUCACUCUCUCAAGCUGCUGGAAAUCACGAUAAAGGCAGCCUUUAUGCUCUUUUAUCACAUAUUGGCUAUUUCCUCCCGGAUAUUACCCUCUGCUCUAUCCCCUUUUUGGCAUCAGCCUACAUCUCAAUUCAACCCCUUCCGAUGAGGUCCAGAAUCCAACUUCCACCAAGAAAGUGCAAGGGAACCAGAAAGAAGUACCUUGAAAUCGCUUUCAGCCAUAACCCUACAAUAAUGUUUUCUAUGUAAGAUUAACAUAGACGUCUGGGAAAGGACUAUCUGAAGGCGUUGGCUUACUACUAUGAGCCAGAGUCAGCUCUUUUUAGUCUGGGCCUGGAUCAAAAUGCAACAAGGGAAUCAGGCAGUCCCAGAACGAGUCAGCCAGUUCGGAUGCUGAAUUCCCAUCUCGCUGCCGCAAUGACAGCUCGUUUGCCUAGAGUCAGGAAGAGUGGCACUGUCAGAAGGUAUUUGGCUACGAACGUCGAAGAGAUCUUUGCCAGACUCUCCUUGGGCCCAGAUUCACUCAGUCUCACUGAGGACUCAAGACUUCUCCCAUGCAUCAUUUGCUUUACAAGUCGUCCAGGACUCAAGUACACAGUUUGCUGCUCUCAGCCCAUGCACCAAUUCUGCUGCCAUGACUCUAUAAGGACUUGCCCUCAUUGCGGUCACCUUAUUUCAGAUUGCAAGACCACUAUUCCCACGAAGAAAGGGCUUUGAGCAUGAACACAGAAAAUUAAAAAUUCUUUUCGGUAAUUAACCUUGAUUCUUUAAGGAUUCCGCUGAUUUUAGUUUAGGAUUUAAAUUUUUUAAUUAAUUGUGGAUCUCUUUCCUCUCUGCGUGCAAGAGAUUUCUCUCAUCACCCCAAUGGAGUCUUUCAAGGUGCUUCUACCGUCCAUCGAACCCCUCCCGAUAGGAAAAUCAAUAACGGGGUAUGAGCUAUAACUAUUUAUAGGGGAAAACCCUAUAUAAAAAUUUUUAAAAAACAAUUAGCUCGAGCUAAUUUUUUGCUCACUGACUAAGGAGAGUAAGGACUUCAAUGAAUGCGCUAUGCUAUAUGACUGGUGGCUCCCCAAUGACAAUGCAAGAAUUAGAAGAUAAGACUCAAAGACUGUUUACCAAAAUUGAUUUAAACCAUGAUAAUCAAAUUACCAUUGCAGAGUGGCUAAGCUUUAUAACUAGAGAUGUGGAAGUUGUAAAAAUCCUUGAAGUUUUGCAGCUUGUUACUGUGGAGGACAUCAGACCGAAUUUUGGCUCUGAAGAAGAUCCAGGCAUGGACAGCGAUUUGGAGAAUGAGACGAAUCGAAGAGAAUGGUCAAGGUCGACUGUUCAGGAAAGGGUUAAAGAAGGAGUUGAAACUUUAGACGAUACACCUUUCUUGCUAGAACAAGUAGGAGAAGGAGACCAAUUUUUAGCUGUAAAACCUUGGGAAGGAGUCGUCAAGCAUUCAGUCCCAAGCAACUAUAGGCCGAAAAAAGGAGACGAUGACCCUCCAGAUGCAAAUUUAGAGCUGGAAUAUAUCCAUGGAUACAGAUGCCACGAUGUAAGAAACAACUUAAGAUACUCCAACAGAGGAGAAGUCGUCUACCACACCGCAGCUGUAGGAAUUGUCCUUAACCAAGGCACAAAUACCCAAAAGCACUUUAUCGCUCACACAGACGAUAUCAUUUCUUUUGAUAUACACCCUCAAGGCACAAUGGCUGUUACAGGAGAAAUCGGCCGAACUCCAUUAAUGUGUGUAUGGAAUACAGAAACUAUGGAAUGCGUCAAAAGUUUUAAAGGAAUCUUAAAAAAAGGAAUCACAUGUGUAUGCUUCUCUGCAGAUGGGACUAAAGUGGCUGGGCUAGGAGCUGACGAAGAAAAAAUUGUAGUAGUCUAUGACUUAGGAAGAGGAACUGGCAAGCCUGGACUUAUGCAAAGUGUGGUGGCCAGUGGAAGUGUAGGAAAAGAUACGUUUCUUGAUAUAAAAUUCCAUCCUUCUACACCUAAUAAAAUCGUUGCAUGUGGAGUUAAGGUGUUUGCUGUGAUUAAUAUUGCAAAUGGAGCUAUUACCGCUAAAAGAGGAACUGGAUGGGGAAAAACCCCACAGACACAGCAACAAACUUUAAUGUCAAUUGGGUUCUUAGGGGCGAGUGCUGUGACUGGAGCAUUUAAUGGAUGCGUUUUUAAGUGGAAUGAAAGCACCCUUUCUCAAGCUGUAAAAGUACAUGAAGCACCUGUGGUGUGCAUUGGACAAAGGACUGGAGGAGAAGGGAUUAUUACUGGAGGAAACGAUGGCUUUAUCCAUAUACUGGACCUUAGUUUGGGGAAAAUCCAAAGUAUUGAUCUCAAAGACCUAGGAAGCAUUUUGCCAAAGCCUCGCAGUGCUUGUGAAGGGCCUGGAGGGAAAAUUUUAAUUGGUACUAGAGGAGGAGAAAUAUUUGAAGUCACCGGACAAAAUUCAAAAGCUCUGCUCAAAGGACAUUAUGACAAAGAAUUGUGGGGAGUCUGUUCUCAUCCUACAAGGCUGGAAUUUGCCACACUUGGCCAAGAAUGCAUGCUUGCAGUGUGGGAUGUGCCGACCAGAAAGCAAAAAACAUGCAAAAAACUAGAAGGUCCAGGCGGUGCUUUAGCUUAUUCUCCCAACGCAGCAGUCUUACUUGCAGGCUUAGAAAACGGAAAAGUUGUAAUUUUAGAUGGAAAUUCCUUACUCCCCCCCUCCGUGAGUGAACAAAAAAAUUUUGUUCACUCACGGAGGGGGGUAAUUUUUUUUUUUUUAAAAAAAAAUUUAUAUAUAAAUUUUAUAAAAAAAAAUAUUUUUUUUCGAAAUUUAAAAAAAUCCUAAUUCGCAAAAAUUGGAAAGCAAAUAUUAAUUUAAUUUAUAAAAUUUAUGUUUUAAAAAGCAAUUCAUUUAAAAUUAAACAGAAUUAGCUCUAGAUUUCAUUAUACUAAUUAUCAUUUAUAUAUCAAAUUUUUUUUUCCAUAAAAAAUUUUUGUAUUAAAAAAAUUUUUGUUUCACUCACGGAGGGUGGGUUUUUGGGCAAAAAAUAGCGAUUUUUCUAAUGGUUUUGUUCACUCACGGGGGGGGGAGUUAGCUGUCAAAGAUACUAAAUUUGAUAGAACAAAAUGUAUCACAGAUAUCAAAUUCUCUCCAAACGGGAACACUGUAGCAGUCGGCGCCAAAGAUUUUCUGAUUUUUAUAUAUGCAGUCAACGAAAACUACAGAAUAAAAAAUAAAUUUAAAGGCCACACUGCGUCUGUAACUCAUAUAGAUUUUUCAGUGGCGGGCGAUAUUAUUCAGUCAAACAGCACAAGCUAUGAAAUUUUAUAUCACAAUUUAAGCUCAGGGUCUGCAGACCCUCAUGGUGCAACUGCUUAUAAAGACGAGCCUUGGGCUACAUGGACAUGUGUGCUUGGCUGGCCUGUUCAAGGCAUUUGGCCUCCUUGUUCAGGAGGUGACGAUAUUAACAAUUUAGAAAGAAGCAAAUCCCACAAGGUCGUCGCAACUGUCGAUGAUUUUGGUCAAGUAAAACUCUUCAAAAAUCCUUGUGUGAAUAAAGGUGCAGGAUUUAACGUCUACAAAGGCCACUCCUCUCACGUCACAAAUCUGUCAUUUUUAAAUGGAUAUUUAAUAACAACUGGAGGCAAUGACAAAGCAAUUUUCCAAUGGAAGUAUACAGAAGAACAUAUAGAAAUUAAUGCAAGCGAUGAUUUAUUAGAAGCUACCAGAGAUGAGACCAAUUUAUUUGAUAUUCAAAAUGUAGGAGAAGGCGACCAAUUUUUAGCUGUAAAGCCAUGGCUAGGAGAGCUAAAAGCAAGCACCCCAAAUGAUUAUACCCCACCAAAAAACCAAGGAAAAGCUCCAGAUGAAAAUAUUACACUGAUAAAAGUGCAUGGAUAUAGGUCAUUUGACUCAAGAAAUAACUUAAAAUAUACAUCGACUGGACAAGUUGUAUAUCCUGCAGCUGCACUAGGAAUUGUGAUGGACCCUGCUUCGAGGCAACAGAAAUUCUUCCAAAUGCAUGAUGACGACGUAGUGUGCCUUGCUAUACAUCCGAACAGAAAAAUUGUAGCUACUGGGCAGAUGGCUCAUAUAGGGAAAUCAAGGGAGCUUGAAAUCCAUGUCUGGGACUCAGAUACUUUGCAAGGAAUUUCUUGCCUUUCAGGAUUUCAUAGAAGAGCUAUUAAGCAUGUAGGAUUUUCCCCAGAUGGAAAAAGCUUAUUGAGCAUUGGAGAAGAUGACGACCAUAGUUUGGCUGUUUAUGAAUGGCAAGCUAAAAGAAUGAUCUGCAACUCAAAAGUCGAAAAAGAGCCAGUCCUUGGUGCAAGCUUUAUUUCUAACACUGAUUUAGCUGUUUAUGGAGCAAAAUUCAUCAAAUUCUUCACAAUUAAUGGAAAAAAUGUCACUGGGAAUAGAGGAACUCUUGGAAAUGCCUCGAAACCUUUUGAAGCUCAGCUAUGUGGAGUAGCGUUUAACAAUAAUUUCGUAACUGGCACUCAUGCAGGAAAUAUCUGGAUCUGGGCAGGAAGAAGUCUAGGGAAAUCAAUGAAAGCCCACAAUGGCCAAGUAUGGGCUCUUACAGUAGUAGAAGGCCAGCUAUUAAGUGGAGGCUCAGAUGGGGUCAUAAUAGUAUGGGACCAAAACAUGAUGCAGUCUCAGUCUGUAAGCAUUGAUGCAUACGCUUUAAACCCUGGGGUGAGGUCAUUAGAUAUCAACUCUGCAGGCACUGUCUUAGUCGGUACCAGAUCUGCAGAAAUCCUUGAAAUCCGAAACUGGCAAGAAGUGGAAUCUUUAGGCUCAGGGCAUUAUGAUGGAGAAUUGUGGGGACUUGCAAUGCAUCCUGAACACCCUCUCUGUGCUACUUGUGGAGGAGACAAAACAAUCAGAAUUUGGGACUUGGCCCAAGGCAUUCAGCUGUUAGCAAUUAAGCCUUUGUCCCAUGAUAUGAGAGCUAUUGAUUGGUCACCAGAUGGCAGAUAUUUAGCCUCUGGGCUAAUGAACGGCAUGGUAAUUUUGCUAGAUGCUAGCUCCUUGUCGAAUUUAUCCAGCCUACAAAGCACUUUUAAAGGCAAAGACUGCUGGAUUGAAGACCUCAAAUUUUCUCCUAGAGGGGACAGAAUCGCUUUUGGAGCUCAUGGAGGUGCCUCAAAAGUAGAAAUAAUGGGCAUCCAAAACGGCAAACUAGUAAAAAUGUAUGCAAUUAAUGCAGGCCUCACAUCAGCCCUUACCCAUUUAGACUGGUCAAUUGAUGCGUCUUUAGUAGCUGUUAACUCUCAAGCUUAUGAGCUGAAAUUUGUAAAUGUGGACGGAAAAAUUAACGUAUCCUCCAGCUCAGUCAAAAACGUAGAAUGGUAUAGCUGGACUUGUGUGCUAGGAUGAUCAGUUCAAUAUAUAUGGCCAGAAGGCGCUGAUGGCACUGAUAUCAACUCUUGCCACCGCUCUCACAAUUUAAGUGUCUUAGCUACUGCUGAUGACUUCGGAAAAGUAAAUUUAUUCAGAUACCCAGUCGCAGUAAAAAAACAAGCCUGCAAAUCUUAUACAGGACACUCCUCCCAUGUAACCAAAUGCAAGUUUUCAAGCAAUGAUGCAUUUUUAGUAAGUACUGGAGGAAAUGAUAAAUGUGUCUUUGUAUGGCAAACUGAUAUGGCAGUUCCUGAUACUGACCCUGUUUAUGACGAAGAUAAUAAAAUUGAGUUUGAAGAUAUACCAAAAGAAAUGGCGCUGAAUAAGAAAAAUGAAGAAGUCAAAGAAAAAACAAAGGUAAAAGUAGCGGCUGCUUUGGAAAAUAACGACCCGAACAGCUUUUUCCAGUUCGAAGAACUUGGAGAAGGAGACCAGUUUUUAGCUGUAAAACCUUGGGAAGGGGCUAUUAAGCCGCCUUCUGGGUUUAUUAAAGCUCCAAGAAACCAAAACCAAGCUCCUGCAAUAGACUUGAGCUUAGAAUGAGUCCAUGGAUAUAGAGCGAAAGACUGUAGGAACAAUUUAAGAUACUUGCAUGAUGGAAGGAUCAUUUAUCAUGCAGCAGGACUAGGGAUAUCUCUUAAUAAAGAAACAUGGACGCAGACUUAUUUUAAUAAGCAUAUAGAUGAUAUUAUUGCUUUUGCGUUGUCGCCUAACUGCGAUCUGGCUGCUACUGGAGAAGUUGGGAGAAGGCCUAAUAUCUUUAUAUGAGAUACAGCCUCUAUGAUGCCUAUCGCUAACUUUAAACAACCUUUAGAAAAAGGGAUCAGCGCAAUUGCAUUUUCUCCAUCUGCAACUAAGCUUGUAGCUAUUGGGAUGGAUGAUAACCACAGUGUAGCUAUUUAUAAUCUGCAGAGUAAUAGCCUUAUUUGUACAACAAAUGGUGAUAGAGAGAUAAUCCUUGAUGUAGGAUUUAUAUCAGAAAAUGAGUUUAUCACAACUGGUCCUAAGCAUUAUAAACAAUGAACUCUUACUCCCAUGGUGAUUGCAGAUCAUUAAUUAUUAGAAAUUCAAAUAUUAGUUAAUAUAAAUAAAAUCCCUCAAUCAAUUAAUUAAGAAAAUAAAAAAUAGCCUAUUUAACAGCAAAAUUAUUCUAGAUUUGAGGAGCUAGUGGAAAUCAAUUGUCAGGCAAAAAAGGAGUUUUUGGCAGAAACAAUAAUUUAUUGAUGUGUCUGGCCAUACAAGGGACAAACAUUUACACAGGGACAGCAAUUGGAACUAUUAUAAAAUGGGCUGGAAAUACAGCCGGAAAAUCAUUCCCUAUCCACCAAAGAGGUGUAGACAGCUUAUGGGCAACUCAUGCUUGCAUAGUAUCAGGAGGAAAAGAUGGUUUGGUCUAUAUCCUUGAUAACAAUUUAAACAAAAGACAAAGCUUUGAUUUAAGCUCUCCUCAAUAUGAAUCUGUAUGCCCAUUCAUAAGAUCUGCUUGUAUCAGUGAAGACGGAGGAAGCCUCCUUGUAGGAACAUAUGGAGCCGAAAUCUACGAAAUUGACAUCACAAGUGGAGAAGGCAGAAAUCUUAUAAAAGGCCACUAUACCCCUUCUAGAGGAAAAACAGUCACCAAUGAAGUCUGGGGCUUACACGUUCUCCCUGAUGGAGCCGCCUAUGCCACUUGUUCAGAUGAUGGGACAUUAAGGCUCUGGGACAUAGAAAACAAAUCCCAAAUCAGAAUAAUCAAAUUCACUGACAAUGAAGAAAUCCCAGACUCAGCUAAAGCCAGGUGUUUGUGCUGCAACCCUGAUGGAUCUAUGAUGGCAGUCGGAUUCAAAGAUGGAAGUUUCAAAAUCCUCGACACAAGCACAUGGAACGUCCGAGUUUCCAAAAAAGACCGCAAAAGUGAAAUUUCUGAUAUAAAAUUCUCCCCUGACAGAAGCAAGCUUGCAAUUGGCUCCCACGACUGUGUAAUUGAUAUAUACUCAGUUCCAGACUUCAGGCAAAUUGCAGUCUGCAAAGGCCAUUCCUCUUAUAUCACCCAUAUUGACUGGUCUACUGAUUCUGGCUACAUUCAUUCUAACUGUGGAGCUUAUGAAUUGCUAUUUUGGGAUGGGAAUUCAGGAAGACAGAAUACAAGUGGUGCCUCAGCUCUAAAAGAUGAAGAAUGGAAUACUUGGACAUUAGUAAUUGGAUGGCCUGUACAAGGGAUUUAUCCAGCUUAUGCUGAUGGCACAGAUGUAAAUGCAGUUGACAGAAGCAAGAAAAAAUUCGGAAAUAAUGAAUAUCCACUUGUGGCGACUUCAGAUGAUUUCGGAAUGUUGAAGGUGUUUAGAUACCCGUGCUUGCUUAAAGGAUCAGAAGGAGUUAUUGGUAGAGGACAUAGCUCGCACGUCACAAAUGUUAGAUUUAGUGUGGAUGAUCGGUAUAUAUUUACUGCUGGAGGUGAUGAUCAAUGUGUAUUCCAAUGGAAAGUUACUGCAAAAACAUCAGCAGCUUAA